AUGCGGCUGCUUUCUUCCCAGCUACACUUUCCUUUCAUAUCAUGGCUGUGCUAUGCAAUUUUGAGCCAGGCUGCCCCUACAUUUAACCAACAAAUAUCCCAGCGAGCGGCUUCAGACAGAUUUGUAUUCUGCCACUUCAUGGUCGGCAUUGUCGCCGAUCGAACUAGCACCGCCGAUUACGAUGCGGAUAUGCAGAGGGCCAAGGCCUAUGGCAUUGACGCAUUUGCCUUGAACAUUGGGCUCGACGAUUUCACGGACACCCAACUUGGAUACGCAUAUGACUCGGCAAACAACAACGGCAUGAAGGUGUUCAUAUCCUUUGAUUUCAGCUACUACUCCAGCUCGUCCGGCGCCGAGGCCGUUGGUCAGAAAAUAGCACAGUAUGCAAGCAAGCCCGCACAGCUCAUUGUUGACAACAAGGUCUUCGCUUCGUCAUUCGUUGGAGAUGGCUUAGACGUUGCUGCAGUGCGCUCCGCCGCUGGUACGGACAUAUUUUUCGCACCAAACUUCAAUCCUGCGACCGGGUCGUCCACUGACAACAUCGACGGCGCGUUCAACUGGCUGGCUUGGGACAGCAAUGGCAACAACAAAGCUCCGACUCCCGGACAUAACGUCACCGUCGAAGAUGGAGAUACGACCUACAUAAAUUGGCUCGGUUCCAAGCCAUAUAUCGCGCCUAUGUCGCCAUGGUUCUUCACACAUUACGGGCCAGAAGUCUCAUACAGCAAGAACUGGGUAUUCCCGGGCGAUCUUCUCUGGUACCGUCGCUGGAACGACAUAUUAACCCUUGGUCCGAGGUUCUUGGAGAUCAUCACCUGGAAUGACUACGGCGAAUCUCAUUACAUCGGACCUCUCUCGUCGAAGCACGUCGAUGACGGGGCUUCCAAAUGGGUUAAUGAUAUGCCGCAUAACGGCUGGCUAGACAUGGCCAAGCCUUUCAUCGCCGCAUACCGCGCCGGCGAUUCCUCUCCAACUGCUUAUAUUACCGAAGACCAACUAGUGUACUGGUACAGACCCACGCUGAAGUCGCUGGACUGCGAUGCCACGGACACCACGAUCGCUCCGGCGAAUAACGCCAGCGGUAACUACUUCGAGGGACGUCCCAACGGUUACGAAACCUUGCAAGACACCGUCUUCGUCGUUGCGCUCCUGAAGUCUGCUGGAAAGGUCAUCGUCAACUCCGGAUCGAACUCGCAGACCUUUGACGCGCCCGCCGGUGCUUCAGCGUACCAGAUUCCAAUGGGGGUCGGAAGCCAGAAAUUCACUUUAACUCGGGAUGACGUGACUGUUUUUAGUGAUACAUCCUUGAGAGAUAUCAGCGAUGUCUGCCCCUGUGGGAUAUACAACUAUAACGCAUACGUCGGCACGGUACCUGCUGGCGCUCCCGAUUCUCUAGGUCCGGACGGCCUUGCUUCUUUGACUGUUGGUCUUCAUGUGAGCACUUGCUCGGCAACACCAACUCUUGGAGCUGCCUCGAAAGUUGCUGAAAGAGAAGCGUAUAUCACUGCUGCUUAA